GGCAACCAUAAACUCCUUAGCUAAUAAUCAAAAUGGCGAAGUAUGUUAUUGCUGGGAAGGCGAACUGCCCUUUCUACGCUAAAGCAGAGCUUCUAGCGGAUGAACUCUCGUUGAACCUGCCAGAUUUCAAAGUUCACAAGAUUGUUAAGCAGCCCGACGAAUGGAGAGACUGGCUGCAACUGACCUGCGAAGAGAAGGGUUGGAAGCACUUCAGCUCACCUCUUAUCUGGCGCGAGUUGGUCGAUCGAGGCGGCGCGGGAAUCCUUCUUGGUGGGUGCGAUGACUUCUUAGAAAUGGCGAAAGGCUGCUACGGCAUCACUUCAGUAAAAAUGAGCGACGAGUUGAUAAAUAUAGCCAAAGAAAAUCUUCAAACGAAGAUCGAGAUUGACGCAGAGGAAGAACAGAGAAAAGCAGCCAUCACGCCAUUGAGAGUUUGUGUUGGUGGUGCUUCGAACGCCCUUGCUUACGGUGUUUUGAGUUAUUUAGCUCAAGGAGAAGUGUUUGGAAUCGAUCAAGAAGUCAGUUUUUAUCUGCUCGACACGCCCGAUUCUCAAGAAGUUCUUAAGGGAACAGCCAUGGAGAUCCAAGAUUGUUCAUGGCCUCUGCUAAGAGAAGUAGUUUAUACGUCAGAUCCAGCCAUCGCCUUCAAAGACGCCAGCGUUGUAGUUCUGCUGGAUGGCGUGCCUGUUACAGAAGAAGGCGAUAAAAAGGAGCAGCUCAUUGCCAAUGCUAGAACCUUCAAAGCUCAUGGACAGGCACUUGAUCAGUAUGCAAAGAAAGAUGUGAAGGUACUCAUUGGAGGGGGACCGUCAAGUGUGAACGCUUUUGUCACUAGUAAAUUUGCCCCUUCGAUACCAAAACGAAAUAUCUGUGCCUUGGCCCGCCUUCAGGAAAAUAGAGCUAAGGGACUGCUGGCGAAAAAGCUCAAUGUGAACACUGCUGGGAUAAAGGAUGUCAUUAUCUGGGGUAACAUAGGUGUUGUUACUAGACCUGAUCCCAGAAAUGCAAGAGUUCAUGGGUAUGAUGGGGCCAUUUGGGGGCCACAUGUUCCAGGUUUCACACAACCAGUACCAGAAAUGGUCCAUGAUGAUAAGUGGCUGGCAGGUGAGUUUUUGGAAACCUUGAAAAAGCCCCUGGAUAAUGUGAAAAACCCUGAUGCUACCCCAUCAUUAUCAGAGAGCUUUGCAGUGCUCUCACAGCUUUGUGACCUGUGGCAAGGGACAUCUUCAGAGAUUUUCUCCCUUGGAGUAGCUUCAGAAGGAUGGUAUGAUCUUCCACAAGAUAUUGUGUUUUCUUUGCCAGUCAAGUUUGGUCAAGGUUCCUGGAAAAUUGUUGACAAUAUACAACUUGACGACAACCUUAAAACUCAACUGCAAACCAUUGCUGAAGAACUAAAGAAGGACUGUGAGGAAGUUUUAAGUGAGCUGAACUCUGAAUCUUGAGUUAAAUUGUAAAUAUGCAGUUGAACAGUUGUACAUACUAUCAGGUAGAGAGAUUAGUGCCUAUUUAAUAGUUAAUAGUUAAUUAAUAGUUACUAGAUAAAUUAUAGUGACAACUAACACAGCAAACCUGUUGUAAGAGUCAUUUAUUACAUUGUUGUGAAGAGAGAUUUGCUGCAUUGAAUAAAAUCUCUGAUGUUUAAAGUGCAUUUGAAACGCUUGAGUUGUUUGAUUUUCCACGUGGGAGUGGAGGUGGGCGAGCUCACACAGUUCCAGAAUCAAGAGUAAAUUAUAUUACCGUAAACUUCCGAUAGUAACGAUCCUCUGAAAGUAGCAAGCGCAGCCAACG